CCAACAGACAACAGCCACAUGCCAGACAGUGUCCAAGAACAAAACUCUGUUACUACUUCAAGCAAUAAUUGCCCUCAUAAUGCUGAGGAAUUGGAAACUGAACAAGAAAAUGGCAGUUGUAACCAUGACCUGGGUAACAGUUUUAGAGUUCCCAACUCUGCCAGCCAGUCAUCUGCUUCCAUGGCUGUUCCUCUGGAGGUGCCCAGAAGAGGACAACCCCUCUUACAGAUCGACAGGCAGCAGAUUCAGUCCAUCUCAAGUAGCGCACAGGCUGCUGAGCUCAAAGGCCUAGGAGUUGAUGUCUAUGACCAGGAUGUAUUGGAGCAAGGAGUUCUUCAGCAAGUAGAUAAUGCAAUUAAUGAAGCUAAUAAAGCAGCAGAAAUAGCUGAGGCGAAGAAAGAAUAUCAGUCUGUGCUGGAUGACUUAAGAUCAUGUACAACAUCUCUGAAACAAAUAAAUAAAAUUAUUGAGCAACUUUCACCUCAAGCUGCCAACAACAAAGAUAUAAACAGAAAACUAGAUUCUGUAAAACGGCAAAAAUAUAACAAA